CUCUCUCUCUCUCUCUCUCCCCUUUAUCCAUCACGAUGGAAUGUCCGAGAACAAAGUCUCAUCAUUUCAAUCAAUUCUUCAACAUUUCAUAUCUGACUUGAAGUAGCUGAAGCAUAAUGUGUGCAAUGGAUCAUCUGGCAUGUUCGAAAAUGGAUGAACGUAUUGAAGGGCGCCGAGACUGUCCAAAACGAUUCGUGUUCGUGUUCCUCGCCUUCAUGGGGAUGUUCAACGUCUACGCCAUGAGGGUCAACCUGAGCGUAGCCAUGGUAGCCAUGGCAGCCCCAACCACAACCACCGUUCAUCACCACAACGACAGCCGAUUCGUCACAGAGUGCGCAAAUCUCAUGCCUAAUAGAAGUGCAACCACUACCAAAACAUUCAAGGGUGAACACUUCGACUGGGGACCCGAGGUCAAGGGGCUCAUCUUGGGCUCUUUCUUCUACGGUUACGUUCUCACCCAGAUACCUGGAGGAUAUUUGGCGGAAAGAUACGGCGGCAAAUGGUUCUUUGGCGUUGGAGUACUGGUGACGGCUAUCUUCUCACUGUUGACACCAAUCGCCGCCAAAUGGGGAGUGACGCCAUUUGUACUGGUGCGGAUUAUUGAAGGACUAGGAGAGGGUAUGACGUUCCCGGCCAUGAACGCCCUCAUCAGUCGCUGGGCUCCGAAGCUGGAACGCAGUCGCGUGUCGUCGUUCAUCUUCACCGGGACGCAGAUCGGCAACGUGGUGGCCAUGCCCAUCUCGGGGUGGCUCAGCAGCACAGACCUCCUCGGGGGAUGGAGCUCCGUUUUCUACGUCUUCGGUACCGUUGGCUGCGUCUGGUUCCUGUUCUGGGCAUUCUUGGCGUACGAAAGACCAACCGAUCAUCCAAGCAUUUCCAUGCACGAGUUACAACUCUUCCAAUUAGAUGAGAAAGAAGUACCAUGCGACAAGGUAAAGCGACGGGUUCCAUGGACGGCCAUUUUUCGGUCGGUUCCAAUGUGGGCUCUUGUGAUCGCCCAUUUUGGCCACAGCUUCGGCUACCUCAUCCUUCUCACAGAGUUACCCAGCUACCUCAGUACCAUCUUACACUUUGACGUCAAAGAGAACGGCCUCUUGUCUGCAUUACCUUACAUUGUUCAGGCAGUCUCCUGCUGGAUUGCUUCAUAUCUCGCUGACAGAAUACGGCGAUCCGGUACCAUAAGCAUCACUAGCAUUCGCAAAAUAUUCAACACCAUCGGUAUGUUGGGUCCCGCGGCGUGUUUGGUGGGUGUGACCGUUUCCGGGUGCCGCCCGGAGCUUAUAGUGGGACUCAUCACUCUGGCCAUGGCCCUUAACGCCUGCACUUUCUCUGGAGUCAACGUCACACACGUCGACAUGAGUCCGCAGUUCGCUGGUCGACACGACAUACAACAGAGCGCUUUAGAAAACUACUGUAAUCUUUGCAGGAAUCCUGUACGGACUGACGAACACGGCCGCCAACCUAUGCGGCGUCAUCGGACCUGCGGUCGUUGGUGGAUUUACGGAGCACGGGGAGACUCGGGCGAACUGGGCGAGCGUCUUCUAUCUGACAGCUUCAGUCUACGCCUUCACCGCCGUUAUCUACGACUUCUUUGCCUCAGCCGAGUUACAGCCUUGGGAUGAACAGAAGGACCUACAAAGUGACGACAGACGGACAUCCGAGACGACGUACUAGCUACCAUCACAUUUCGGUAAUGUUACGGAAACCAUUCGUAUACUUACGAUCACUCGCACUAGUGAAGAAAUGUGCUUGAAAACCAGCUUAUAAGAGCAAAAGCAAAUGAGAAGCGGGAUGGAAAGACACCACUGGAUAUUAGUACAUUUUCAGUGUGUUCCCAUGGGCGCCCAUAUGCAAAGUUUUAAGGGGGGAGGGCAGUUCAGAUAUUUUCCCCAUGGAAACCGAUUUCAGUAUUGAACGUUAUUAAAAUUAAAAUUUUAAAAACUUAUUCAUUAAUGGCUGGAGAAGAAAUGCUUUUACAUUUUUGCAAAGAAAAAAGUACUAAAAGCAAAAAAAGUGCCAAUUUAUAAGGGGGCGCUUGACCCCCCCUUCCCCCCUAUAUGGACGCCUAUGUGUAUUCCUGAGAAAGAAAGUUUACCAGAAUCUCUGACAAAUUUUGCCGCAAUCGCCACAAGUUACGUCUUAGCAAAACUAACUCUACGCAUGGUAAAUUAAUAGAGUCUUAAAGAGGUAUAUAUUGCCUCUUGUUUCACUAUUUUAAUUUUCAUGUAUUAAAGUCCUUAAAACACGAUUUUCAACAAGCACUAUAAGCAAAGAGAAGACAAACAAAGUGCUUUCAUCAUGCACUAAGUUGAAAACAAGCAUUGACAUGCUAGAAUAAAUUUACAUAACUGUAUGCCUCGACUAGACUACAGCCGAAUUGCUGUCGGGUGAUGAAGAUUACUUUCGUUUGUCGGGGUGCUGCAUCACCAAGCAAAAUUUCUGGUACAAGGCCAAAUUAUAUGCCCGUAUUUCCUUGAAGAGGAGGACAUGACAGCAAUAGCAAGUUCUGGGGGGGGGCGGGGGGUUCAUUGGAGAUGCUACAUAAUCUCCUGCAGCCUAGACGUGACUAACUGUAGUGUGGGGUCUCAAUUGGUAGCCCUAACAAGAUGGUGCCACAGCACUUACAGCAAGAGCAUUAAUGAAUCUCUUUUGACUAAUUCUUAUUUGAGCACCUGAUAUCUUUACAAGAUGAUAUUCCAAGCCCAGCAUAUUCUCCAAUUCUAGCUCCUUGUGAUUAUUUUCUCUCGGGAUAUUUGAAAGCGGAAGUUAACCAACAUCAGGUAAACAAUAUUAUAAUAUUUUAAUAAAAAUACAAGUGAUGUGAAGGUCCGACAUUUUGACGAAGUCAUUUUCAACACAAAGUUAU